AUGAUCAUUCGAGAAAACUACAUCGGCAUGGACCCUAUCAAACUUAAAGGAAUUGCAGAAUGGCCUGAACCAAGCACGGUAAAAGGUGUUCGCUCUUUCCUCGGGUUUGGAAACUUUUACCGGAAAUUCAUUGCCAACUUCUCGGAUAUUGCUAAACCAUUGACGAACCUUACGCGUACCGCUGCUGGAUCUCCACCUUUUGAAUGGACAACAGAAUGUCAGACAGCUUUUGAUACAUUGAAACAACGAUUCAGUACUGCCCCAGUGUUGUUGCUGCCCGACAAAGCAAAACCCUUCAUUGUCGAAUCUGAUGCUUCCAAGUUUGCUACGGGUGCAGUUUUACGACAAGCCGAUAUCAAUGGAGAACUCCAUCCUUGUGCCUACAUUUCACAGACGCUCAAUCCAGCUGAACGAAACUACGAAAUCUAUGACCGCGAACUUCUCGGAAUCAUUCGAGCCCUUACCGAAUGGCGCCAUUAUCUAGAAGGCUCUCCUCAUCCCGUCGAAGUUCACAGUAAUCACAAGAACCUCACGUACUUCCGUACAGCGCAGAAGUUAAACCGCCGACAAGCACGAUGGAGUCUUAAAUUAUCACAAUACGAUCUUCACCUCAUUCACGUCCCUGGCACUCAGAUGAUCCAAUCUGAUGCGCUAUCUCAUUGUAACGGACUCGAUGACAGUGAAAGUGACAAUGAAGAUCACAUCCUUCUACCCGAUGCACUAUUUGUGCGAUCCAUUUCCCCGAUGCUAUUUGACGAAAUCAGAAAUCACGCAGCAAAGGACCUCAUUGUUCAUGAAGCCCUUGAAGCGAUCGCGCACAAAGGGCCGUUCCCAAUGAAGUCCUCGCUCUCCGACUGGAGAGUUCGCGAUGGUGUCAUCCUUUACAAAGGAAAGAUUUAUGUCCCACCAUCUGAAUCUCUUCGUCGUGACCUCGUUCGACUACAUCACGACUCCCCUGCCAUGGGCCACCCUGGAAAGUUCAAUACUCUUGAACUCCUACGUCAUGAAUUUUGGUGGCCCGGCAUGUAUGCAUUUGUCAACAAUUACGUUGAAGGCUGUGCCGCCUGUCAACAGAUGAAACCGAAUACUCACCCAACUCAUAUUCCUUUGGAAUCAAUCCCCGCAGACCCACACGCAUUACCAUUUUCCUGUUGCACCACAGAUUUUAUCACCGACCUCCCCGUUUCCAACGGCUUUGAUUUGAUUAUGGUCGUAGUAGACCAUGACCUUACGAAGGGGGUGAUUCUUACGCCCUGCCUCAAAAUGAUCACAGCUGAAGGAACAGCCAAGAUUUUUCAUGACAAAGUUUACUCGCAAUUCGGACUACCUGACCGAAUCAUCUCAGAUAGAGGACCUCAAUACGCAUCCAAGGUUUUCCAAGAGUUAAAUCGACUACUCCAGAUUAGAUCACCGAUGAGCACAGCUUAUCACCCUCAGACGGACGGAGAAACAGAACGAGUCAACCAGGAGCUGGAAAUCUAUCUUCGACUCUAUUGUGGAAACAACCCUGAAACAUAG